GUCCUUGACUGCUUCAGCUUCUCAUUUUUGGCAUGAAUUUGGAAAUGACUUUUGAUGGCAAGAUGAAGUCUGUGAAUGAGCAGCCUGACCAGAAGUCAUGUCAUAAGAAGGCUAAAGGUUUGCUUUUUCUUUUGUCCCCAUGGUGGUGCCCUGCUGCAAUGGUUCUCAUCAUCGUGUGCCUGGGGUUAUCAGUGACCCUUAUUUUACAGUGGAUGCAAUUACUCCAGGUAUCUGACCUCCUAAAGCAAUACCAAGCAAACCUUACUCACCAAGAACAUAUCCUGGAGGGACAGAUCUUAGCCCAGCAGCAAGCACAGCAAGCAGCAAAUGCUUCAGAGAAGAAACUCAAGGAAACUAUAGACACCCUUACCUGGGAGCUGCAGGAGAAAUCCAAAGAGCAGGAAAAACUUCUGCAACAGAAUGUGAACCUCCAAGAAGCCCUGCAGAGAGCUGAAAACUUUUCAGGUCCUUGCCCAGAAGACUGGUUAUGGCAUAAAGAAAACUGUUACCUGUUCUCUUCAGAGUCAUCUUACUGGACAAAGAGCCAAGAAACUUGCCUGUCUUUGGAUGCUCAGAUGCUACAAAUUAAUAGCGUAGAUGAUCUGAACUUCAUCUCGCAAGCAACUUCCCAUUCCACCUCGCCAUUUUGGAUGGGAUUGCACCGGAAGAAACAAAACGAACCCUGGCUGUGGGAGAAUGGCUCUCCUUUGCGUCCUCACCUAUUUAAGAUCAGGGGGAUUCCUUCUCAGACGCAUCCAUCAGGCACCUGUGUGUACAUUCAAGAGGGAGCUGUUUUUGCUGACAACUGCAUUUUAACUGCAUUCAGUAUUUGCCAGAAGCAGGCAAAGCCAUUGCCAAUGCAUUGAAUUUAAAGAUCCUGGAAGAACAGGAGAAGACCUUGGACUGUUGUUAUGAAAUUUAAGCUAUUCUUGCUUACUUGAAUGUAAAACAUGAUUUCCCUGACAGCUGUCAGCAAACUACUACCUUCAGUUCACCUCAGCAGAGGCAAGGACCAGAAGCAGAGACUGGGGAUCCAGUUGGUUGACAUCUUUGUUUCCAACGUUGUGAGUUCAAUUGUUUAGCCACAGCUUUGCUCUUUCCAAGCCUCCCAGUCAGCCUACAAUCCUUCAUCCCUUUCCUGUUUUAAAUGAUGACUCCUGCUUGACCUGAAAAAUCAGUCUCCUAUACCUCAGAGGGACUUUUGGAGCUACAUGGAAGGCAGAAUAUAGAGACCCUGCUAAAGUGCAGGCAGAAGGCUCAGGAGGAAAGUGUGUCUGAGAAGCAGCAUGCAAAGAGACAGCACAGAGGAAAAGCAAACCUGCAAGCAGGGACUUUAUCUUUGUAACUGUGCUCCAUCUCCAGACUACACCAUUUACACGUUUGCAUUUUUAAAUUUUAUUUGAUGUUUGUACAGGGUUGCCUACAUGUAUUUCUGUGUGCCACAUGAGUGCCUGAUACCAUUGGAGAUCAGAAGUGAGCAUACUGUCUCCU